UCACCAUCGUCAAAAUUUAAAUUGAAAAGAGACACCAAACAUAAUAAAUGUUAAACCAAUAAUUCCAUUUGAAUAUAACAAAAAAAAUAUUCAUCAUUUUAUUAUUCGAGUAAAUUUUCCCCCUAAAGAAUAUAUAUUUGACAAUACCAUCUUCUCCUUCAUGCUCAUCUCGUGUCCUCUCUCUAUCUCUCUUUCUCCCAACCUCAAACCAACAAAGAAGAGAGCAAAUUCUUAGUCUCUUCUUUCUCCAUAACAAUGGCAGCCUAUGGAAGCUUUCACCGAAUAUUCGAUAACCCAAGACAAGACAACUCUCCAAAGUCGUUUCUUGAUACUCUCUCCUCUUCCUCACCUUGGAACCCAAGCAAAGGCCUCCACGUCACCACCCACCACGACGAAACGCCGCCACCGUUUACAGAGAUAUUCGGUGAGCUUCAUUUUAGAGAAUCAGCCCAUUCUUCUUACGAGAAAACCUCAGCGGAGAACAGCAGUCUCCAACUGUGUACGGAAGGUCUAGGGUCAGAGAGUUAUUACGACUUGGAAGAUGAAAAAGUCAACGUUAAAGUCAACGGUAACGGAGAAGAUCAUGAUGAAGAGAUUAUUGAAGUGAAGGGUAAAGAUAACGGAAGCAACGAUGAGGAGUGGGAACCACGACGGAAGGAACGGAAAGAGUAUCCUCCGGCGAUGACUAGGAUGAGCUUCAAGACGUAUAGAAAAGAAGGGAGGCUUGUGUUGGAAGAAGUUAGGAUUCCGAGGAGAGAGUUUCUUCGAGCAAGCCGCGAAGAUGGUCGACUCAGGUUGAAGUUGGUUCAACCCGAGGACGACCAUGACGAAGAGGAAUAAAAUGAGAAAGAUAAACAUGACGAGGAUGAAUAAUUUUUGCUAUUUUCCAUAGAAUUUGUAUCCAUUGUUCCGCAAGAAAAAUGUCAAUUAUGAAUGUAAAAGCUUCUUUAUGCGGGUUUUGUAGUUCAAUCAAGCUUUUGUCGCUUAAUCAUUCUGCCGAGUUUUUUUUUUUCA